AUGGAUCGGAUCAGCGCCCUCCCCGACGAGUUGCUGCACGUCAUCCUCGGCUUCGUGGGCGACGCGCUCGCCGUCACCCGCACGGCCGCGCUCUCGCGGCGAUGGCGGCACGUCUGGGUCCACGCCAAGAGCCUCACCAUCGACGCCGCCGCGCCGGGCCGGUUCGUGGACUGGGUGCUCGCUCGGCGUGCCGAUGAGGACAUGGGAUCCCUCCAGAUCCGUAUCUCCCCGCAGGGCCGCCGCACCUCGCCGGAGCAGGCCAACGGGUCCUUCGCUCUUCGCUUCCGCGACUCCGGCGCGCCGCUGGCCGUCGAGCUGCCCGCCGACCCCGUCAGGGCGACGUCCAUCGACAUGGAUCUGUCUAACCGACGGCGCGCCCUCGGCGACCUCGUCACGUCCUCCUGCCCCCGCCUGCGCACGCUCCGCGUCGUGGUCGCCGCGGGGCUGCCCUACCUGGUGCUCCGUGCCGAGGCGCUGGAGGAGCUCGAGGUCUCCUUCGCAUGGUGCCUGCGGGCGCUGGACGUGACGGCUCCCAACCUGCGCCUCCUCAAGGUCAAGCGCUGCGCUACCGACGUGGUCAGGAUCGUGGCCCCGAGGCUUGAGGAGAUCUUCAUGUCCAUCUGCCGCCGCCUCACCCUGCCGGCCCUAGACAUUCCACAAGACUGCUUGGCUAGUGUCCGGCGCCUCAAGGGCAUCAGCGUGGACAUGCACGGCAAGUACCACCGAGCCACAUACGUCGGCCUGUGGCUCAUGGAGAACUGCCAUGGCCUCGAGCACGUCAGUGUGAGGCUCCGCCAUGGGGACGAUUACCAUGGGGAUGAGCUCCUCGAUCUGACCUCGGAAGCCGCGGCACCGAUUGUGAAUGUUACGAGCAUGGUGGUGAGACCAAUCGAGGUCCCCGAUCGUUACCUUGUGGCAAGCGUAUCAGCCCUGCUCAUGAGGUUCCCUUGCUUGAGAUCGUUGAGCGUCAAGAUCUAUGGCACAAAAUGGGGCACCGUGCGGCCGAAGUGUUUCUGUGAUGCUGUUGCCUACUCAGAUAAGUGUGAGAUUCAUAGAAAGGAAGCGUUGGAGUUGCUUGAAGAGGUGGAAAUAACCGGCUUCACAGGAGCAGACGAGGAGAUGAAGCUGAACCUGUAA